UUGGGUUUUGUUUUGUUCAGUUUCUAUCCUCUCUUUUGUUUCUCAAAAUCGGAAUCGAUGGCGGAGAAGAAGGAAGACCAAGAACAACCACCGUUGAAGCUACUAAAAUCAUCCACCGGACGGCCAACGAUUUCACUCCCUCCUCGACCCUUUGGUGAAAUGUUUUUUAGCGGUGGCGUUGGGUUUAGCCCUGGUCCCAUGACUCUCGUCUCUAAUUUGUUCUCUGAUCCUGAUGAGUUAAAGUCUUUCUCUCAGCUUUUAGCUGGAGCUAUGGCUUCUCCGGCUGCUGCUGCUGUUGCCGCCGCAGCCGUAGUAGCUACUGCUCAUCAUCAGACACCUGUGAGCUCUGUCGGUGACGGCGGCGGUGGAAGCGGUGGUGAUGAUGUUGACCCGAGGUUUAAGCAGAACAGACCAACGGGUUUGAUGAUUACACAACCACCGGGGAUGUUUACUGUACCGCCGGGAUUAAGUCCGGCGACUCUUUUGGAUUCUCCUAGCUUCUUUGGUCUUUUUUCACCUCUUCAGGGAGCAUUUGGUAUGACACACCAACAAGCUUUAGCACAAGUCACUGCACAAGCUGUUCAAGGCAAUAAUUAUGUUCAGAUGCAGCAAUCACAACAAUCUGAGUAUCCUUCCUCUACACAACAACAACAACAACAAGCUUCACUGAUUGAGAUUCCAACAUUUUCUACUGAGCAUCGAUCCCAGAUUCCCUCGCCGCCGGUUCAAGAUUCAUCGCAGCAGGGUCAGAGAGAAACUUCGGAUAUAUCAGUCUCUGAGCAUCGGUCACAGCCUCAAAAUGCUGACAAACCAGCUGAUGAUGGAUACAACUGGAGGAAAUACGGGCAGAAGCAAGUGAAAGGGAGUGAUUUUCCUCGGAGUUACUACAAAUGUACGCAUCCAGCGUGUCCUGUCAAGAAGAAAGUGGAGAGGUCUCUCGAUGGACAAGUGACAGAGAUCAUCUACAAGGGUCAGCACAGUCAUGAACUUCCUCAAAAGCGCGGCAACAAUAACGGGAGUUCUAAAAAUUCUGAUGUUGCAACUCAGUUUCAAACCAGUAACAGCAGUCUCAACAAGAGUAAGAGGGACCAAGAAACAAGCCAAGUUACGACAACAGAACAGAUGUCUGAAGCAAGUGAUGGUGAAGAGGUUGGUAAUGCAGAGACUAGUGUGGGAGAAAAACACGUGGAUGAGCCUGAUCCCAAGAGAAGAAACACAGAAGUUCGGGUUUCAGAACCAGUUGCUUCAUCGCACAAAACUGUGACAGAGCCUAGGAUUAUUGUCCAAACGACGAGUGAAGUUGAUCUCUUAGAUGAUGGAUAUAGGUGGCGCAAGUAUGGUCAGAAAGUAGUCAAAGGAAAUCCUUAUCCAAGGAGCUACUAUAAGUGUACAACACCGGCUUGUGGAGUAAGGAAACAUGUAGAGAGAGCAGCAAAUGACCCGAAAGCUGUUGUAACAACCUAUGAAGGGAAACAUAACCACGACGUUCCUGCUGCUAGAACCAGCAGCCAUCAGUUAAGACCAAACAAUCAACACAACAACUCAACGGGUAACUAUAAUCAACAACAGCCUGUUGCGCGUUUAAGGCUUAAAGAAGAGAUAUAGAAGAAGCAUAAGAAGGCGCUUGAGCUUCUGUGAGUUUAAUGAAUCAUCCUUUUUUUGGGUAAUGAACCUGUUGUGUUACAUGUUUACUCAAAUUACAACAGGUCUCCAUGGACAGAAACUCUGAUAUUACAGGUCUAAAGGUUUGCUCUUUUAUUUCAUGUUGGAAUCUUUUGUGUAAUCGUAGAAGAUUUAGGAGGUAAUGUAAAAACCAGAUUCAAGAGAUUCUGGUCUUAUGUGAAUUCUUUUGUACAUGGGGAAAACAAAAAUUACAGGGAUCCUUUUUUGUUCUUGUUGUAGUAGUUUAAGUUUGUGGAGUAAAUGUUUUUUUUUUUCUUA